GUCCUUUUUGGUAGCUGCUGCUAACUUGAUUGUGGACACAAAAAACUGCGAAAUCAAGGAGAGGGACAGCGCCCAGAAUAACUGUAAACCUCUGCAAACUGUGUGGAGCAUCGCCUUGGAAAUGAGACUUCGGUCAUAUUCUCCGGGGUGUCGGACAUUAAAACAGAGGACAUGUCCUUUGGUUUGUUAAAGCCACAGUGCUACACUCAACUUUCCCAGCAUGCUACAGUAGUGACAAUCUCUCUCUACUCAGCAGCACUGUUUGAUCCAAGAGAAACGUGCCUUGUAAGGAAGCAGGAUGUUCACAGGCUCGACCAAACUGCCACUCACUAAAACCCCGCAGCCCGAGCGGCUGGAUGAAGUGUACGCUGCCUUACGCAGGGGCUUACAGUCAUACCUCCAGGUCCACCAGCUGGAGCUGGACAGUCUGGGUCAGCAGACCAGAGAGAACAAGAGGAACGGUCGUUUGGGGUCUUUGUAUGAGUUGGAUAAGCAAGUGAAAGCCAUAGAGAGGUUUAUGCGUCGCCUGGAAUUCCACCUCAGCAAGGUUGAGGAGUUGUACGAUGCUUAUUGUAUACAGCGGCGACUGCGUGAUGGAGCAAGUAAGAUGGUGGCGGCCUUUAACUCUGCCACUGGCAGCAAAGAGGCCAGAGAGAGUCUGAGUGAAGCCAACAAGGGCUACAGGGAAUGUACAGAGCACAUGUGCUCACUUGAGAGUGAAUUGGAAAGCCAGAUGGGAGAAUUUCACGUCAAGAUGAAGGGCCUUGCUGGCUUUGCACGGCUGUGUGCUGGAGACCAGUAUGAGGUCCUAAUGCGUUAUGGGCGGCAACGCUGGAGGCUAAGAGGCCGUGUAGAAGUCAAGCAGAUAUGGGACAGUGAAGAGUACAUCUUUAUGCCUCUCGUCACAGAACUGCUGUCUAUCAAGGUGACGGAGCUGAAGAGCCUGGCCAAUCACGUGGUGGUGGGCAGCGUGUCCUGCGAAAUGAUCGACCUGUUCUGCCCACUGCCCCAGACACUCGCCGUGGAUAUCAACGACCUCGGGACAGUGAAGCUGAACUUGGAGGUCACAUGGAGUCCGUUUGAUAAGGACGACCAGACAUCCUCCACCAGUACAGUUUCCAAACGACUGCUGUCCAAUCAGAGCCCUCCUGACACGCCAUCUAUGCGGGAGCAGGUGUUUUAUUCUCUGCUAAAGCGACAGGGAGAAAUUGAGAACGGGACCGUCUGGUCCAACUCCUCUGAAUCCUCCGACGACUCCUCCAGUCCGGCCUUGGCUCACCCCGCUCAGAGGCUGACGGCCUCCAACAUGCUGCAAACCACUCUCACCACUCAGCUGUCGUUCACGCCGCACAAGUCCAGCGCGUCGACGCCGUCGCUCUCAUCCAACCAAGAGGAGGAUGAGACCGAAGCCGGGGAGGUUUUCUGUCAGAUGGACGCGGUUCUCAACGGCCAUCUGCAGACUUCCUGCUCUCAUAGUCCAGACUGUACUGGGACUGAUAGAGCGUCUGUCAAAUCAGCCAACCUCUCUGAAACCUCAGCAGACCUGAGCUGCUCAUGCCCAGAUGUUUCCUCUGUACCUCCUGUGUCGCUGAUGGAGACACCGGAUUUGUCUGAAAGUGGCGUCCCACAAGUGUGUAUUUCAGCGGUGGAGGUAAAAGACGACGCAUGUGAGGACUUGUCCGUGCAGGCUGGACAGACUGAAGCAGAAAUAGAGGACAGCGUCACUGAGGCAGGAGAGGGACGCCAGGUAGAAGCAUCAGAGAAACGCAGUGAGCCAUAUCAGUCCGUCCAGGAGUCAAGACAACUGGAGGCCGCUCCGACGGUUCCUUUUCCUACUUCUUCUAGUUUCACUCUGGAAGUCGAGACAGCCCUUGAAAGUUUUGACUUUCUCAACUGCUCUGACCUCGAGGAAGAUGAGGAGCAAGAGGAAAACAAGGAAAAGGAAGACAAAGGAGAAAAGGAGAAGGAUGAUGGGCAACAUGAAGAGAACCAAAACAACAUGGAGGAAGUUAAAAUGGAGGAAGAACAAAAGGAUGAAGAGAACUUUUACUCUGGAGGAAGUGAUGAAGAGGAGGCAGACGGUCUACAGAUCCUUAUGGAAGCCCCAGAAGGUUUCAGGAACUCGGACGAAGAUCGUUUCUCUGAAUCACAGGAGUCAAGCGUGGAGGACGUGCAGGAUUUGUGUCAGAUGGAGAUGCCCGAGGAGAAGGACGAGCACAGCGAGGAGAAGGGAGAUGAACAACACGGAGAAGACACGUCACAUGGUCAGGAGGAGUGUCCCUCUACUCCCACCCAUUUGGCCACUACUGUCUUCUAAUGACAAAGUGGAACCAUAGCUAAACCAUUUCUCCCCCAUCUGAUCUACUUAUGCCAUCACCCUGUUACACUGCGGGAUCGGAGGCCUUGAGGAUGUUCCACUUACUGCUCAGACAAACAAGCUCUUCCAUUAUGGCGGAGUUUGUGCACAGAUUUGCCUUGUCCUGACCAAGAACGAUAAACCUUAAGGUUUCUGCGCCUCAGUCACGACUGAAAGUCCCCCCCCACCCACCCACCCUUCAAACUCCUCAUUCUUUCAACACACUCCCAUCACAUUGCCUGAGUUGAAGUGGGACACCACUUAGUUUACACUUUCAUAAACUGUUCCUGUCAUGUGAAAAUUCAAUGUCCAAAACAUUUCAGGAACAGCUAAAAGCGGCCUUGUUUGUGGCUUUAUUACAGUACAGUUUUGAAGUAAUCUAACAAAUGUUUAAAUGGUUUUAUAAGUUCAAGUUGACGAUUUCUUCAAUCUGUAGAGAAGCAUACAAUCGCUUGCUGAGUUCAUCGAAAGGUUUUCAAAACUAUCAGUGUUUGUGGAUAUGAAAAAUCUAUCGCGGUUACGAUUUUCAGUGUUAAAUCAGUGUACAGCCCAGAGCUCUUUCCACAGUUAGUGAGAGGAAAAGACUUCAUGAGCAUAUGUUUGUCUAAAGAUUUAUCAACAUGCUGUAGACAUGAAGUCAUUUCCAAACCGGGAAUGUACCCUGGAAACAAACAGGAUCUUUUCAUUUUAGGCAUUAGACAGUUAAUUAUUCAGAAAUACACAAAGUAUAGACGUUACACUCAACCUUCAAAACAACCACAAGGAACAAUAUAAAAGGGGUAAUAUUAUGACUGAAUAUAAACAAAUAAGGAGUCAUGAGAUUCUCCUCAAAACUAAUUUUAGUCCAACAUGAAAACAAUCUGCAGUGUAAACUAUAUUUAAACCUGCAUGUGAAGCUGCCCCACACUGCCAGCAUGUCUGUAUAAAAAGCUCAACUGAUCAAUUUAAGCGUGUAAGCUAGGCUCCACUGGAAGGAAGCCAUCGGGUCUGUAGCUGUGUACAAAAGUCGCCUCGCGAGGGCGCUAUAGUCUUUCAGCAUCAUGCUUUACAUUGUUCUACAAAAGCCUCUCAUUCAGAAAGUGCCUCAAGUGACAGAGAUGUAGGGUUUUAAAUGCCACAACGGGAGUGAUCAGGCAAAAGAUAAGUGUUUAUUUUCUGAAUUACUUAGUGUGCACAAUGAGAUAUUUACUGUUUCAUAUAAAGAAUUGUAUAUGUCUUGAAAUGUUAAAAUGUUUAUGUUCAGAAAUGUUUAAACUUUAUAAAGUUUUCUUUAAAAUGAA